AAGCCCCAAUGUAUGAAAGGUGGUAUGAUGGCAGCUUGAGUGGUGAUCUCUUCUGAGCUAGGGCACAGUGUAUGGAUGGAAUGCAAGGAACUACAGGUGGUCGGAGUCCGCAGCAUAGUGUGCCAGAUGUAUGACAUAGAGGAGGACGAGACGGUGGAGCAUGUCAUAUGCUGGAGUGUGAGGAGUAUGAGAGACACAGGCAUGAGAUGAUGCAAGUGAUCUUGAGUGAAUUAGGGCAUAAUAGGGAUGAAGAGUAGGGAAGACAGGAAGGGAAUGGAUGGUGUUGCUGCUGGGACUGUGUAGAGAGACGAGUGAAAGGAUGAUGGAGGCUAUGAAGGAGUAUCUGGAGAGAAUGUGGCGAGCGAGGUGUAGGGAUCACUAACGAAGAGAAUGCUACUUUUUUUUUUUCUGCUUGUGUCUUUUUGUCCUCUACAGGAGCAGCUGAUCCAAAGGCCUGGCUCCGGAGCGAUCCAGAGUCACCUGUAGCAUCAAGACUAAGAUCAAGAUCAGGCACAGGCACUCAGGCAGCAGCACAGGUGACAGAGGGUCCGAGCCCCUGAGGAGCCACCGUGUCCGUGGUGAAGACUGAAGACAUCACACGUCACCUGUGCAUUGCUGCGUGUGUGUGUGCGUUGGCGAGUGACAGGUGUGAUAUUGAAGACAGGUGCUUCCCUUCCCUCGUUAACUUGUCACUACAACACCUUUUAAGCCUUGAAGGGCUGCGUUGCUCAUCUAGUCAGGGACGAUACUGAAAUAAUUGUCCCCAUUAAAAGGCUGAGAGACGCCCCAGUGUCAUGGCCAUAGCUGGUCCUCCUGGCCUGGAGUUUGAUCACAACUGGCCUGAGUCAGCUGAAUGCUUGACGCUGGACUUUGGGCCGUUUGAGACUGUGCACCGAUGGAAGUGUAUGCCGGAGUGUGAUGAGUUUGUUGGCGCUAGACGAAGCAAGCACACAGUGGUGGCAUACAAGGAUGCUAUCUAUGUGUUUGGUGGUGACAAUGGCAAGUGGAUGCUGAAUGACCUGCUACGCUUUGAUGUGAAGGAGAAGUCAUGGGGCAGGGCGUUCUCCACAGGCACUCCUCCCGCCCCACGCUACCAUCACUCUGCUGUGGUACACGAGUCAUCUAUGUUUGUGUUUGGCGGCUUCACGGGGGACAUUCACAGCAACAGCAACCUCAAGAACCAGAAUGACCUGUUUGAGUACCGCUUUCAGACUGGACAGUGGGUGGAGUGGAAAUUUACUGGCAGGGCGCCUGUGCCUCGGUCAGCUCACGGGGCUGCUGUGUACGAGGGGAAGCUGUGGAUAUUUGCCGGGUAUGAUGGGAAUUCUCGACUCAAUGACAUGUGGACCAUUCCUCUUGGGGGAGACAACAGAGUGUGGGAGGAGAUCAGUCAGACCGGAGACUGCCCCCCAACCUGCUGUAAUUUCCCGGUGGCGGUCGCUCGGGACUCCAUGUAUGUGUUCAGUGGGCAGAGUGGUGCCAAGAUUACCAACUCCCUCUUUUACUUCACCUUCAAGGACAGAUGCUGGACUCGCAUAUCCACUGAGCACAUCCUGCGUGGUGCUCCUCCGCCGCCCACCAGACGCUACGGCCACACUAUGAUUGCCUUUGACCGCCACCUUUACGUCUUCGGAGGGGCGGCUGACUCCACUCUCCCCAACGACCUCCACUGCUUUGAUUUAGACAGCCAAACAUGGUCUGUGAUCCAGCCAGCCCCAGACUCCCAGGUUCCCUCCGGCAGACUGUUCCAUGCUGCUGCUGUGGUUGGGGACGCCAUGUUUGUGUUUGGCGGGACAGUAGACAACAAUGUGAGGAGCGGCGAGAUGUACAGAUUCCAGUUCUCAUGCUACCCAAAGUGCACCCUCCAUGACGACUUUGGAAAGCUGCUAGAGAGCCAACAGUUUACGGAUGUGGACUUCCUGGUGGGGCCUGAGGAGCAGAGGAUCCCCGCCCAUGUGGUGUUUGUGGCGGCGCGCUCCCAGUACCUCAGGAAUCGCAUCCGCCAGGCAAUGGAGGCCAGAGACAAACACUUGGAGAAGGUUUUGGGAACGGUGAAUCUCCACUCUCACGACUUGCCAAUGCUGGAGGUGAAGUUGCCUGACGCUGUACCUGAGGCAUUUGAGAUGGUGCUGAACUACGUGUACACAGAUCGCAUUGACCCGUUCCGUUGCAAGAAGGACCAGAACCCUAACAAGAUUGUCCUUAUCAUGAUGGAUGUAUAUCGUUUGGCUGUACAGUGUCACAUGCGGCGUCUGGAGCAGCUGUGUGUGCAGUACCUGGAGGCCACCAUCAAUCAUCGCAAUGUUCUGGUGGCGCUGUGUAAUGCUGCAAGCCUCAAACUCUUCUUCAUUAAGGAGUUCUGCUUGAAGUUCAUUGUCCGAGAGAGUAACUACAACCAGAUCGUGAUGUCCAAGGAGUUUGAGAUGUUGGACAAGCCUCUCAUGGUGGAGAUCAUUCGCAGGAAGCAGAUGCCACAGAUGAGAUCCCUUCAAGAGCCUCAGUUUGAGUCUUCAGGCACAACACUGGAGGAGGACAUGGAGCAGUUUCUCAAGUCUUCAGGCAUUGACUUCUGUGACAUCACCCUCAUGCUGGAUGGCACACCCCUGCGAGGCCACAAGUCGGUGCUGGCUGCUCGCUGCUCCUACUUUGAGGCCAUGUUCCGCUCCUUCAUGCCGGAAAACAGCAUUGUACAGAUUGCCAUAGGAGAGAUGAUCCCCUCGCAGCAGUCCUUUGAUUCACUGCUGCGCUACAUUUACUAUGGGGACGUGGAUAUGCCCCCGGAGGAUUCACUCUACCUCUUCUCCGCACCUUACUUCUACGGGUUCACCAACAACAGACUGCAGGCAUUCUGCAAACAAAACCUUGAGAUGAACGUUACUUUUGAGAAUGUGAUCCAGAUAUUAGAGGCGGCUGAUCAGAUUCAAGCCACAGACAUGAAGAAGUAUGCUCUGAACCUCAUCGUGCAUCACUUUCCCAAGGUGGCUCAGCUCCCGAAGCUCCGGUGUCUCAGCCGUGCCCUGCUGCUGGACAUCCUGGAGGCCCUUGCCGAGGACAUGUCUGACUCCAAGAUGUGCCACGACAUGUCCUCCAUCAGUCUGAGCACGUCAGACUCGGGAUGAAGCUUCCCCCGGGUCGUCCUGUACCGGGAGUGUCUGGAAACCACGAGUCAUGGGCUGGCAUCUUGUACAAACAUAAUCAGAUGCUUGUACAAACACAGUAGUUAGUCACCUGUGUCCCCUGAGGAAGGCAGGUGGUGGGUCUGCUGGUCUGAUUAUUUGCCAAGCUAACUCUCCUAAGAAUAACUGGUAACCUCUAACCUCUUGCUUCAUAUGGUGUAUUUUGAAGCCUACAUUGAUGUCUUUUGAGUCUUGGAACCCUCAAAAGGCAGGCAGGAAAGAUGCCCAAGUGCCCAAGGUAGAGGUGGGAGAGGAGUGAGAGAAGAAGCACCUUCCUGCAGUGCUGGCAGUGCUGCAGUCUACUCCAUUGUAGGGCAUUGAGUACCCAAGGAAGUAGGAUUUCAGUGGCAUUUCAAUGUGUGUUUUGUAAUUUCCUCUUUUCCCGACCAAGUAUAAAAAAUGUACAAUUGUAUCCAGAUUGAGAGAGAGAGAGAGAGAGAGAGAGAGAGAGAGAGAGAGAGAGAGAGAGAGCGAGAGCAAGAGUGAGUGAGAGAGAGCAAAUGUGAAUGUAAAUGUGACAGAAACAUAUAAGAAAGUAACCUCAGCAGAAUUUUCCCUCAGCAGUGUUCAUCGUACAAUAAAAUAAGACGUCAGGAUUGUGGCAGCUCAUUGUUGGUACUUGUAGUGUAGGUCUUCCAGAAUGUACAAGCAGUAAGGUUCUGGUUUGUGUUCAUUUACUGUUAUGGAUACAUACAAAUUUACCUCAUCAGCUUCAAGUAUCUAACUAGUUACGCUUAACCAAGGCUGUGGCCUGAGAUAAGAGAGCAUGUAUGGCUGAAAGUAUUCAAUGUCAUCCCAUUAUUUGAUGUAGUAAGUAAUGCUGUAAUAUGUAGAGAAUUAAACCAUCCUUGGUCUUGUAACUUAGAUUAAUAGACAGGGCAGAGCAAUGUACAGUUUGUGGUGUAUGUGUGUGUGUGUGUGUGAGAGAGAGAGAGAGUGAGAGUGAGUUCAGCGAUUUGUGAUUUAGAAGAUGAGAUGAAGGAAGGAAGGAAGGAAGAAAGUAAGAAAGUAAGGAGUAUAAUCUCGAAUCUUGAGCAACAUUGUCAGAUUUUUAGGUAUCAUUUAACCUUUCAUCUGAGUUUAGUGGAGGCAUUUUUUUGGGCUCUUAGAAAAGUAAUAGUCUAACAAGGUGUCUGUACUACAAAUGGAAAAGAACACAUGAGAGAAGGGAACUUAUUUAUGUAGCUUUCUAAAUGUAAGCACCCAGAGUAUAUCAUAAUAUGUUCUAUGUAUAAACUGUACCAUAUUGCUCUCCAUCACUCAUUGGGAGCAUUGUGGGACUAUUUAUGUAGUGUAUGCUCAAAUUGAUGUGUUCCAUAUACUCUUCUGUGGUUCUGUGGUGAGAGAGUGCUAUACUGAGGCCGAGGGUGGAGGGGCUUAAAACCAAGACAAUAAAUGGUAUUAACAGAAA